CCCCAGUUAUUUGGUUCGAAAAAUGACGAGAGAGAAAGAUUCCCAAACCCCACUUCCCUUUCUCGGAGACUGCUCAUAACAUGCCGUUUCAUGGCGAGGAAUCCAAUGAGAUUACGCCGCUCAUUCGGUAUUCGGAAGACACGUUGCCCAAGAACGACGAAGUGAGUGGAGCCAUACAGCGUUUGCUGCUAUUGGUGACCAUGCGACUUCCCAAGUUUGCUAUUGUUGAGCGAGACGACUUGGAGGACGCUGUGGUCACCGACGCCUUUGCUGACAUAGCCAAGAAAGCCUGUCAUAUUCAUCAGGAUUCAUUGAUCUUUGUCACCUUGAAAGCCAUGGAGCGUUUUCAGAUCCAAGCCCAAGGGUCCCCGCGCUGGAGUGAACUUCUGGAAACAAGAGCCAGCAUUUGCGAAAGUCUCGCCCAUAAAUUUAUCCGUCUAUAUGAGAGAGAGCGCACAGAGCGGUUUGUGGCUGCCAUCAUGCAGAAGCAUGAUUUGAAGUUCGCCUCGGAUCAGAGUGCGAUUGAGUUGGCUGUCAAGUUACAUGCAACCAAAUUUUUGUUAGAGCCCAAGGUCCAGAAGGUGAUCCAUGACGUUUGGAAUGGCUAUUUACUUCCCCAUGAAGAGAAAGACGGCCGAGUCUCAUUCAGGUCGAAUGCGUACAUCAAGAGAGUCAAAACUGAGUUCUUCGAUACACACAAAAUUCUGGUACCAAAGUAUCAAAAUGCAAUAGAAACAGUGGUCACUAUCCUGUUUUUGAUUCUGUACUCCAUCGUUAUCAAUUCCCGACGAGCGGACGUACCUUCCGUGCUGGAAUGGGUGCUGUAUAGUUUCGUACUGGCAUAUGUCAUUGACGAUAUUCGUGAUAUAUACAACUCGGGAACAUUUCAUUACUACAGCUUUUGGGCUUGGACAAAUACUUUGACCCAUUUAGUGUUCAUUGGUUCGUUUUGUUUGCGUAUUGCCGCAAUGACAAAGACCGGCGAUACAAGGGAUAUGUUAAACAAUACGUCCAUUGAUGUCCUGUCUGUGGUAUCGAUUCUUUUAUGGUUCCGUGUGCUCAGCGUUGUAUGCAAUACAUGGAGAUAUUUUGGAUCCUAUACUAUCAUUGUGCAAAGCAUGUUGAGUGACUCUCUCAUGUUCUUCUUCCUUUUGAUUUGGGUUAUUCUCGGAUUCUUCCAAGCCUUCAUUGCUUUACGAACCGAAGACACAGCAAGCGACAAUGACUUUUCAGAAAUCACCGCCUUGCUGCUCCGAGGUUACUUGAUGUCUCCUGACUUUGAAAAGGCCAAUGUGUUCCAUGAUAUCAUUGGCGAACCAUUGUUUUAUGCCUAUAUCUUUUUGGUAUCUGUCGUUCUCCAGUCAUUCUUGACAUCUGUGUUUUCGGACUCAUUCAGUAGGAUUUCUGAGGAUGCAAAGGCCCAAUAUCUUGCUAACUUUGCAUACCGCGUUAUCGUUGCUGUUGAUACGCGACACUCACUACCACCACCUUUCAAUCUUGCUGAUCUUUUGCUGCUGCGCCUACCAUCUCUAUGCAUGAGCAAACAGUUCUAUGAUAAGUUCCGGUACUAUGUCCUUUCCGUGAUUUUCUUCCUCCCUCUCCUUAUUGUCUCCUUCCAUGAGAAAGUGCUACUUCGUCUGGAUAAUGCAAGAAGUGAUGAUUCAUUGAGUGAUGACGAGGGUACUAUGAACGAGGAGCAGGACUUUAUGACCACGGAUGAUGACGAAGUGCGAGAUCUGAAGGCCGUAGUGGGUGAACCCGAUUUAGACAAGAUCCAGAAGCUAGCUGAAAAGACAGUUCAGAAGAGCAAAGAAGAUGAAACGACUUCCAUCUCGCCAAAUGAAAUACUCCAUGCCGAUAUCAAGCGUGUAGUACGUAUGCUCGAUAUGAUCGAUCAGCGACUCGGACGAUUGGAAGCAAACACCGCUCAGGAUGUCGCCAAGUAGUUUCUCUGUAAAAAACAGCUUAGUGCCGUGUCUCUUUUGCAUUGUAUGACGCGCAAUCCAUUUUUUUCUUAUUAUCUUAUAAGCUAUUGUAUCCAUCCAAAUUACACAAAUGCAUAAAGUCACUGAUCACCGCCGCAUGAUUAACACUCUGCACUGCUAUGCAGGGCAUAUA